AUGUCAGUACUAGAUGCUGGUCGUAUAGCGAGUCGUUUAGGCAAAGAUUCUGGUGACUCGGUUGGAGACUCAUUCUCCCAUCGUAAUCUGCUUUCUCUUCAUUCGGACUCCGAUUCUGAUACAGAAACAGUGGAUGUAGUGUCUAAUGUGGUUGGUCGAAGUAGUACAAGUACUGGAGGUGGCGGCGGUAGUAGUACUACUGGUGCCAGUAGUAGUGCUGGUAGCAGUGGAGUUGCAGGUGGCAUUGUUUCCACAAGUAGCAAUGUUUUAUCCACCAUAGUUGAAUUUGGAUCCAAUCUUUUCCGGCCAGAUUUGAAAAAAUCUAUUCGUGGCAAGCGUUCAGUCACAGCCAGUAGUAACCUGGCAAGCGGAGGCGCAAAUACAGCUGACUCACUUGAAGCAAUAGCUGCACAGGAAGCUAAUUUAGAAAGAGAAUACAUAGCUGCAUGCUAUCCAGUGGCUAGAUGUAUUGCAGCGAUUGAAAAACAAGCUAAUGGUUUGGCAACUCAUGGAAUCUAUCGAGUGCCAGCAUCGAAAGCAAAGGUCUCCAGUUUAAUGGAUUUACUUCAGUCAAGUCAACCAAACAGUAGUGAACAAAUUAAUAAAGAUAUUGAUGUAUUAUGCCAAGAACAUCCAUUAACGUUAGCUAGCCUGGUGAAAACACAAUUAAUCGCUUUACCAGAACCGCUACUCACCUACAACCUUUAUCCGAAUUUUGUUGAGCUUGGUAAGGCAUUCGAUUUAGUUGAUUCAAAUGUAUCCGACGAACUAAUGAAGCGACUACAAUUAUUAAUUAAUCAUUUAAGUCCCGGAAAUCGUCAGCUAGCUGGAUUGAUUUUUCACCAUUUACAUAGAGUUGCUGAAUGCCAAACUGAAAAUCAAAUGGGUGCGGCUAAUUUGGGUACAAUGUUUGCACCAACUGUUCUACGUCAAAGGCCUAAAUUUCAGGUAGCUAAUAUGAUGGAGUUCAUGGACAAUAAAGGGCAAACAAAAGUUGUUGAACUACUUAUCGAUCGUGUUUUUCAUGUAUUUGGCUCAUCAGAACAAUAUGAUCCCAUAAAACUGAUCAUAUCUCAUAUAACGUCGGAUACUGAUAAAGCCGUAAUUGCUGAUUAUAAUCGAAUGCAAACAGCGCGUGGUAGUAUAUCAUUAGCCGGAUGCGAACGCUCUAAGUCAACGUCUGGUACAGUUUCAGAUGAAUUAUCUGAAAUGGGAGGAAGUUUGAUAAAUAAAACUGAAUUAAAAACUACCACUAGUGCCUCUAUCCCUACGACAACCUUCUCCAUUACUGGGAUAUCCAGUGGUAAUAUUCCUUCCAAUAAUAACAAUAAGGGAAACGGAUCUACACCCUCAUCAUCUGGUUUACUGAGGUCCGCCACUAUAUCUGUGUCAAGUCAUACUCGAGCAGCAGGAACUCUCCUUUCUGGAGCACUACCAUUGUAUACACCAUUUCGAUCAAAUCAACCAUCUUCCAAAGAAACUGAAGAAAGUAGUAAUACUGUUAACACAAAUGCCACAACGACUUCAGUAUAUCCUGAAGAUAAAGUUAUCACUUCACGAACAGACACCAUACAUGGAAAACAAAAUCCUUCAACAUCUGAAAAGUUAAUCAAUGUUAGAAGUGGUGUUCGACUACAAGAUUUGGCGAAAACAACUGGUGAUCCAAGUAGUAACGUCACAUCGCAUACUUCUAGUGUUGUGACUAGUGGUACUAGUGGUGGGAGUGAAUCGUCUUCUAUUGUGCGUGGUAUUAAAAGGUUAUAUUCUACAGGCAAUCAACACUGCACAUCAUCAACAAUAUCCAUGACGCCCAAUGCAUCUUCAAAGCUAUUUUCUUCCUCUGAUAAACAGCACCCGUCAACUUUAAAGUCAACUGCAUCGAAUAGUUCUUCUUCAUCCGCGGAUUCACACACAAACACCACUUUAUCAAGUUUGGUGAUAGGCCGCCGUAAGCCUCUUGGAAGACUGCUGACUGUACACCAGUCAACAGAGGCUUCAUCUGAUAGCGCAACCACGCCAAAUCCUUUAGAUUUAGACCAAUACAGCUUCAUUGACAAUGACCUAUCCGAGGUAUUACAUAAAGUAUCUUGA